AGCCUUGCGUAUUUUUUCUUCUUCCCAAGCGAUUCUGCUGCUGGUCGUCGCCGCCCACUUCACCCUCCUCCUCCUCCUCCUCCUUCUCCAAGCAAUAUGCCCUAAUCCCUCCCCAGUAAUACGUGUUUGCGCUACCUUCUCUUUUCCAGUCCAUGUACACUUGGCACAUGGGCAAGCGGGACAACCCUCCCGAUCCCCAUGUGUCAGCGUAGCUUGCGUCUAACAAAGCAAAGCCAUAUGCAAUGAAACAGAUCACCCAGGCAGCUCUCUGGGACUGCAUAAUGUCGCAGCGCGCCGACGGGACCGAGUGUAUUCAGGACCCAGAAGCGAGCGGCGGCCCUGGCACAAAGACGAUAUCUCGUUUGAUAUUGAUUGCGGGCAUUGUGGAGCGUUCGUUGGAAUUCCGCGAGUCUGUCAGUGCCAUCGCUGGCGGCUGUGGUCCCCGACAAAGGCCAUCGAUCCCGGCUGCUGUGAUCAACCUGUGCGUCACGAAUGUGUCCCUGGCCGCGUUGAUGACGAGAGAUGGCACGCCAAGUGCGUUGGCUGGACCCGAGACUGGCGAGGCUGGUGCUCUUGAAGUUGGCUGGGAGUUUGCUGGAAACCUUGUGCAGGCGAAUUGGCCUGGACUCAAGAUGGGUGGUCAUGCUCGUGGACACAUUCGCUGGACGCUGGUGCAUUCAGGAUCCAGAACAGAGCGAUCCACCGAGUCUGUGUUUGCCAUCGACAGCAAUGUGACGGCGAAGCCCGGCGAGAACGGAGGCGGGCCUUGCGUUGGCGCACGGGAUAAGGAUUUGUAUUUGUUUGUUUGCUUGUUUGUUUGUCGGGAUGCUGGGCGGCACUCUGAUUCCAGGACAGGGACAGGUUGAGUGCAAAGGAGCGACAUGAAGCCGAGCCUGUCCUUGGACAUGCGGGCGUGACCGGUGUGCUUGCGCCGGCAUCCACAACUUUCCCAGCGAGCACGGAUCCAUGUUGGCU